AGCUGUCUAUAUUUAAGAAAAUUACUUCUAUGGCAAGCUUUAGAUUAUAUAUAAAUUUCGGAUAAUAGGAAAUACAAACUGAUAGUCAGUAAAAUUUCUUUUUUACCUGGAUUGGAUUAAAAGUAAAGGUCACCAUCUUGGGUGACCUUGGGACUCUGAACCCUAAGGAUAUAACGUUGUCUGGGAUUUACUAAAAAAUGAACCCUUUGCCAGCAGCUGACAUAUCGAGGAAAAAUCCUCAGGAUGAUUUUGAUUUAAUUCAAAGAGUUGGAAGUGGGACAUAUGGGGAUGUAUACAAGGCUCGCCACAAUGCUACGAGUGAACUUGCAGCCAUCAAAGUCAUCAAACUUGAACCAGGUGAUGACUUUGCUAUCAUUCAGCAAGAAAUUAUCAUGAUGAAAGAUUGUAAACAUCCGAAUAUUGUUGCCUAUUUUGGAAGCUAUCUAAGGCGAGAUAAAUUAUGGAUUGCAAUGGAAUAUUGUGGAGGUGGUUCAAUGCAAGACAUUUAUCAUGUCACCGGUUCCCUGGAGGAAAAACAGAUUGCCUACGUCUCAAGAGAAACAUUACAGGGCUUGAGAUAUCUUCAUAGUAAAGGAAAGAUGCACAGAGAUAUAAAGGGUGCCAACAUCCUUCUGACAGAUGAUGGGAAUGUAAAACUUGCUGAUUUUGGUGUAUCGGCUCAAAUCACACAGACCAUUGCAAAGAGAAAAUCAUUUAUCGGAACACCGUAUUGGAUGGCUCCAGAAGUUGCAGCCGUGGAGAGAAAAGGAGGAUAUAACCAACAGUGUGACGUAUGGGCUGUGGGAAUUACUGCCAUUGAGUUCGCAGAAUUGCAACCGCCUAUGUUCGACCUUCAUCCCAUGCGGGCACUCUUCUUAAUGUCAAAAUCAAGUUUUCAACCUCCUAAACUGAAAGAAAGAAAUAAAUGGAGUGCUGACUUUCAUGGAUUUCUGAAACAAGCUCUUCAGAAGAAUCCAAAGCGAAGACCAACAGCGGAGAAGUUAUUGCAGCAUACUUUCGUUGCACAAAACAGUCUUGGUCCCAAGCUUGGAAUGGAAUUAUUAGACAAAGUACGAAAUCCGACAGCGCAAGAUGUGCCUGACGAUGAUGUGGAUGAUGAUCCUCUGAUGACAGCAGGACCCAAGGUCAUUCAUCGACCUUCAAGACCUGCUGGAGAAGACAGACAGAUUAAAACGAAAUCCGAGGCCAUGUUUGAGGAAGCGAUAUUUUUACCUGGAAAAACAGACAACGAUGAAGCUCCAUUAUAUAAAGACGGUGAGGCCUGGAUGCCUGAUGAAGGAUUGAGCAAAAGUUUACUCAGCUCUGUAGAGGAAGAAUUGACUUUACGGGGGCACAAGACAAGCUUUGAACAAGAUGACGCAGGUACAAUGCGAGCUGCUGGUGCACCUAGCGAAGGACCUCCACUUCCUCCAAAGCCGCAACCACAAAUGGAUAAUUCGCUGCCGCGGCAAUAUGGUGGAGAUGCCCGUCCAGCGAAAGAACCUCAAAGAUUAGCGAAACCCCCUGUUCCCCCACCCACAUAUAUGCAGUCUAUGGCAGUCAAUAGCAGCAAUAAUGACUAUUAUAAUGGCACUGACGGUGAUCAGCCGCCGAUCGUACCACCGAGGCGCAAAAACUCUCCAACGUUACAGGCAAUGUCUUCAUUAGUUCUUGCGGACCCUGCUUCUGGGAGACUACCCGCCCGUCCCACUCACAGAUCGAACGCUCAUGAAUCCAGUUUAUCAGGGCCAGCCCCACAAGUUCCCCCCCAGCUUUCAACUCCGACAGUCAUCCACAGGCCUUCACAUCAUCAUGAGGUACAGGAUGACGACAAUACACCCCCUGGAACCCCCCCUAGAAGGCCCCCGCCCCCCACACAACAAACUCAUUCCAACGUAGACUCAUCAUCGUCAAGUCACACUCUUGUGGCAGCAAAGGAUACUGCGGCUCCUGUGAUCAAUGGACUGCCACCCACUCCUCAAGUGCAUAUGGGAGCUUGCUUCACGAAAGUAUUCAACGGUUGCCCUUUGAAGAUAAACUGUGCAUCAAGCUGGGUUCACCCAGACACUCACGACCAAUAUAUAUUAUUCGGAGCGGAUGAAGGAAUAUAUACUUUAAAUCUACAUGAGUUACAUGAAAACACAAUGGAACAGUUGUUUCCUAGAAGAUGCACUUGGCUGUACGUUAUCAAUGAUGUGCUAAUGUCUAUAUCAGGCAAUCGUACAUCACAGUUAUACUCUCACAACUUAGUAGGACUUCACGAUCAUGCCCAAAGGAAUCAGAGACUUCAUUUAAACACUCAUAUGUUACCGGAGAGAAUAAUUCCAAGGAGGUUCACAGUUUCUGUCAAAGUUCCCGACACAAAGGGUUGUCAACGAUGUUCUGUUGUUCGUAAUCAAUAUAAUGGUCAUAAAUACUUGUGUGCUGCUUUGCAAGCUAGUAUUGUGUUGCUACAAUGGUAUGAACCGAUGCAAAAGUUUCUUCUUAUUAAGCAAUUUGAAUUCCCACUUCCGCACCCGUUACGUGUAUUUGAACUUCUUGUGACCCCAGAUGCUGAAUAUCCUCUCGUAUGUUUUGGUGUUAGUUUGACAAAUCCAGCCAACUCAAGUGCAGCAAACGACAUAUCUUCCAUGAUCACACCAUCGUCCUUGUUUCAUUUAAACACUGUCAAUUUAAACUCACAAUCAUCGUGGUUUUCUGAUCAACCUCCUGCCGGUUCAAUUAAUCUCGGUGUCGUAAAUGUAACACAAUUGGAGAAGGAUACAGUCCUUAUUUGUUUGGAAAAGGAUGUAAAAAUCAUUAGUAUGGCUGGUCGACUGAAAUCAAGUAAGAAGCUUGCUUCAGAAUUGAAGUUUGAUUUUGCAACAAAGAAUAUUGUUUGUCUGCAAGACAGUGUGCUAGCUUUCCAUGAGCAUGGUAUGCAAGGAAGAAGUUUUCGUAAUAAUGAUGUCACACAGGAGAUUUGUGAUAGAAGUAGAAUAUUCAGGCUGCUGAGUUGCUACAGAGUAAUCGUGUUGGAAAGCAAGCCUACAGACAAUCCUAAAGAUUUGUCAAAUUUAUAUAUUUUGGCCGGACACGAAAGUACAGGAAGUGGGGCUAACUGAGGUGUGAAACCUAGGAUUCAGUAUUUGAGCCUAGGUUCAGGAAACACGUGGAUGCCGCUCGCCAGCUUUUGGUCAAUGCUGCGGUACCAUGUUAUAUCACAUUCAAAAGUUGUAGUCAGGGCAUGCCGUGUCUUUUUACCAAACAAUAUAGAGGGUUUUCACAACAUCGCUGCAGUAAAUUUAUUCCCCUUUUUCCCCUAUUUCACUACAACUAGACUCUGUAAAUUUAUUCGAAACGAGAGUUAACAUACCAAAUAACUUUUUUUAAGGUAAAUUUCAAAAUUUAAUUUGAAUUCAAUUUGAGCUAGACUAGUUGUGACAUUUGAAACUCAAAUACAAAUUAGACUAAAAUUGUAUGUAAAAACAUCUUAUUCAGACAAUUCAAGCGAACUUUCAUGCUGUAAGACUAUUUCUGCAGUCAAAUGCACAACCAAUUUUGUGAUUAAUUUUUAAGCUUUUUUCUGUUAAUCUGCUAUUUUUGUGGUAUAUAUAUAUUUAACGUCUU